AUGCGUCGUUGUGUAAGCGUGGCCGCGACAACGCCAACGGCUGCCAUCGUCACCGCGUGGCGAGACACCGCCCCGGUGAUGGGGGCGUUGGCAACCUGGCAGUCCGCAUACUUUCACUCGUCGAAGUUUAUUGGGCGGAAGUCGGGCAGGUCAAAGAAACUGGGUGCUGGCGCCUCUACCAGCAGCACGACAACCGCGGCAUCAUUGCCUGUGCCUUCAUCCAUCACCGCCACUGCGGCCGCAGAUGGGGGAGCAUUGGGAAGCCGCAUGGAAGCUGCAGGAGGAGAUGGGCCAGUUGGCGAAGCAAGGACAAGAGAGCAUAAUGUCGCCGUUCCAGCUGCUUCCGCUUCUGCUGGCGUCUCCUCUUCCACUACCCCCGUUGAUCCAUCUGCUUCCACCACCAAAAAAGGUAAUAAUGAUAAUAAUACCAGAAACGCCUCGUCCGCGGUGUCCGCACACUUGGUGUCAGGGAAGGGAGGUGCCCAGCGGAUGAAAAAAACACGGGUGCCUCACCAACGUGACUCCAUGCAAAAGCUGACAGACAGUGCUGCGUCGCCUGAGCAAGAGGAGGAUGCAAUGCCUUUCAGAAAACAGGAAUCAACGAAUUUGAGCCGUUCGGUGACUCAUGGUGAUGUUUCUGUGGAGCUUGAAGAGGAUGUGGUAGUAGAGCGUGCAAGCAUUACGAAACUGUUCAUGCUAUCGGACUCUGUAGCCUCUAUCUUUUGUGCCCUGCCGCAGAAUCAGCGCUCCAUUGAUAACUACCUCAGGGAGGUAGAUCAGGCGGUGCUUCCGCCCUUGACACCAGAGCACAGAGUAGAUGAGAUUGGCAAUCUGUUUCACAGAGAUGGCAACUAUGCCGGUUCGAAUAACGAGGUAGUGGCACGGCGCGAGAUUGCAGAGCGUGUUCUUUCCGAGGAGCGGGCGAAUCACACACUGUGUAUUCACGUUCGGGACAUGGAUCAGCUGGUUCCACCACCCCACUUGCUGCUUGAGAGUGCAACGAAGACGCCAUCAAAGACGUCAUUAACGGGAGGGGCGCGCCGUCGAAAGGUAUCAAGAGUAGAAAAAAAGUCGGGCGUCGUACGCACCACAACCUUGACGCCUAUUGAACGCCUUUUGGCGCUUCAUGAGUGGCAAAUUAAGGCGUUACAAAAGGCACGUGAGUCUCAAGAACGGUUUAAGGUUCCGGAGGACUACCACGCCAUUACGCGAGUCCGAUUUCAUGAUCCACCGAAGGCAGAUUUGACGGUGGUGCAGGGUAGCGGAUGUGCCAAGACAGUCGCGGAUGUUAUUGCGACUAUGGAUGGAAAGCUGAAUAGUGAUAUGAAUGCAGAAGACAAUAAAGACGAUGAAAUAUUUAAUCAAAAGCAAGCCGUAUAUGAUGAAAAUGGAACCACGUUGCUUUCCAAGCCAUUUGCGUUCAAGCCACUCUUGUCAGUGGUGGCGAGUUGCAUUCCACGUCGUGAACCCACCCUUGGGUCACGGUGUGAAGAGGAAGUGUUUUUUAGCUCUAGAUCCCCCUCGACCAAUAUGGCAGCCACCACUGCAAUGGCAAAGACACGGAAGACAAAGAAGAUAAAAGGGGCUGACGCCGCUACAACGAAAAUAGCCGGUGCUGCCAAAAUGGGAGAGGAGUUGCUGGGUCGCCGCGUGCCACCAAUGCCGCGUUUUACGACACGUGUGACAGUAUUGGUGGAACACGACGAAUUGGAACCGAUGGAUUUACUCUCGAUGGCAGAGAGGAUCACAACACGGAAGGACGAUGUUGAGGGUAGGACGUCGGCAUCAUCACGCAAGAAGCGUGUGCCCCGCAUUUACUGCCACAUAGCCGAUGGAGGGGAGUACUAA